CCUGGGCCUAAGUUUAACACGUGCUACAAACGGGUGAAGAUAAAAAAAAAAAAUGGAUUCACGAAACCUCGAAGCUGAAAGGGUGGAAUUAUUGUGGGCGGAGGAACAGCAACCGCAGCCACAAGCGCAGCAGGAGCUGCAACAGCAACCGGAGCAGCAGCAGGAGUUGCAACCGCAAGCACAGCAAGAGUUGCAACAGGAACCGCAAGCGCCGCAGGAGUUGCAGUUGCAGCUAAAGAUGCGGCAGCUACGGUUGCAGAUAAACGUGCUGCGACAGCCGAAACCGUACCGGCGACAUGCUGGGUAUAUCCCGCAUCAGCACCAGCCGUCCCCGCACCCGUGCCCUCAACAUGCUGAAUAUACCCCGCAUCAACACCAGCCGCAACCGCACCCACACCCGUGUCCGCAACAUCCUGAAUAUACCCCGCAUCAGCACCAGCCGUACCAGCCACAGCCGUACCAGCCACAGCCGUACCCGUACCCGUACCCGUACCCGUACCAGCCGUAUCCGUACCCGUACCCGUACCCGUACCCUUACCAGACGCAUCCAUAUCAGCCGCAGCCGCAGCCAUACCAGCAACAAGCUGAAGAUACCGCAUCCAGGUCCAUGCAGCAGCGGCAGCUGCGGCGGUGCAGGAGAGAGCUGAAACGGCUGCAGCGAGAGGCAAUGCCACGUUGAGGCAGAAGCAACCGCACUAGUGGCCUGUGAACCAAUAUUGCGGCGUUUGCCGUAAACCCGUAACCGGUUGGUACUGUUGCAGGCGGUACA